CCAUAUAAAACCAAUGUGGACUUGGGCUGCAGUGGACAGACCUCUGCACAGCUGUCCUCGCAACAGAAGUUUUUAAACAUAUAUUUGUAUUUAUUUGGUGUUGAAAAUGGCUUCUUUCAGUUUAUGGUCUCUGCUGCUUCUCUCCUGUCUGUCCCUUCAUGUGGCGGCCAUCACCAGGACUUAUUUUAUCCGAAUUGAAGAAAUGAUGUGGAAUUAUGCUCCCAGUGGAAUGAACAUGAUCCAAAACAAGACAAUAGCAGAAGAUGAGGAAGCCUCUGUGUUCCUGAAGCGCGGGCCUCAGACCAUCGGCUCCAUGUACAAAAAGGCUGUGUAUAAACAGUACACGGACGCCCUCUACCGGACAGAGAUCGCCAAACCUGAGUGGCAGGGCUUCCUGGGGCCCAUGAUCAUGGCAGAGGAGGGGGACACCAUCAUGGUGCAGCUCCGUAACGCCGCGUCCAGACCGUACAGCAUCCACCCGCACGGACUCAACUACACCAAAGGCAACGAGGGAGCAUUCUACCCUGAUGGGACAGAAGGACAGCUGAGGAGAGACGAUGCAGUGCCCCCUGGUGGUACAGUGGUGUACGAGUGGACUCUGCCUGAGGCUCACAGCCCCACCAACGACGACUCCAACUGCCUGACGCGCUUCUACCACUCCCACACACACGCCCCCAGAGACAUCGCCUCGGGGCUCGUCGGACCCCUCAUCAUCUGCAAGAGAGGAACUCUGGAUGUCCAUGGAGACCGCACUGGGGACUACGUGUAUUCUCUGCUCUUCAUGGUGAUGGACGAGAACUUGAGCUGGUACCUGGACGAGAACAUCAAGACCUACAUCACAUAUCCACAGAAGGGUCUGAAGGAGAAUGAGGACUUCAUCGAGAGCAACUUGAUGCACGCGAUUAACGGUUAUGUGUAUGGAAACUUACCCGGUCUGAGCAUGUGCCAAGGGAACAAGAUCUUCUGGCAUCUGAUGGCGCUGGGCAACGAGGUGGACAUGCACUCGGUCCAUUUCCACGGGCAGGUUCUGACUGUCCAGAAGCACCACACAGACACCGUGAGCCUGUUCCCCGCCUCCACCGCCGUGGCUGAGAUGGACGCCGACAACACUGGGCACUGGCUCCUGUCCUGCAACGUCAAUGACCACCUCAUGGCUGGGAUGCAGGCUCUAUUCGAGAUAAAGAAGUGUUUUCCAAAUGUUCACAAGGCCCGCCCCACCGGUGAGACUCGAGAGAUUUUUAUCGCAGCAGAAGAAGAAAUUUGGGACUACGCCCCCAACGCCCCGUCUGAGAGUGAGGCGGAGCAGUACGUGAGCAGAGGAGCUCAGCGCAUCGGCAGUCGCUAUAAAAAGGCCCGUUAUGUGGAAUACACCGACAACAGCUUCAUGACCAAGAUGUUACGCAGCCCCGAGGAGCAGCACCUGGGGAUUCUGGGCCCAGUGAUCAGAGCUCAUGAGAGGGACACCAUCCGGGUGGUGUUUAAGAACAAAGCCAGUCGCACUUACUCCAUCCAACCACACGGGGUGCAAUACAGCGUGGAGCAGGAUGGGACUCUCUACCACAACGAACUCGAGGAGACCCACACAGAGAAGAGACUGAGGGAGCUGAAGAAGCUGCCCCGAGUGGUGACCCCUCACCCCGCCGCCCAGGUGCAUCCUGGGACAGUGCACACGUAUGAGUGGACCGUGCCCAUCGGAGCAGGUCCAGUGGAGGGAGAGGCCGACUGUCUCACAUACAUGUACUACUCUGCUGUGGACCCCGUCAAAGACACCAGCUCUGGACUGGUGGGGCCUCUGCUCAUCUGCAGGCCCGGGACGCUCAAGAAGGGAGUGCAGAAAAACUAUAACAAAGAGUUCCACCUUUUGGCCUCGAUCUUUGAUGAGAACCAGAGCUGGUACCUGGAUGAGAACAUCCGGAGCUUCUGCAGGAAUCCAAACGCAGUGAGGAAAGAUGACGAGGAAUUUGAAGAGAGCAACAAGAUGCACUCCAUAAACGGCUUCGUAUACAGGAACGUUCCUGGUCUGAGCAUGUGUAAGGGGGAGAAGGUCACGUGGCACCUCUCAGCUCUGGGCUCAGAACACGACCUCAACACUUUGCACUUUGAGGGGAACCGCUUCCUGUUCAGGCAGAACCGUAAAGACACCAUCAGUGUGUUUCCCCAUGUGUCCCACACCGUCACCAUGGAGCCCGACAGCAUGGGUCAGUUCGAGGUGGUGUCGCCCACAGUGAGUAACUACCGCGGGGGCAUGAGAGCCAACUACACGGUGAACAAAUGCAGCAUGUUCCAGAGACAGGGAGAGACCAUGCUCCACUCCAAGACUUAUUACAUCGCAGCAGUGGAGGUGGACUGGAACUACUCCCCCAACAGGACGUUCGAGGAACAGCUCUUCCUCAACAAUGACAAUCCGGCCACAGUCUUCCUGGACAAAGAUGGAGGAUACAUCGGCUCCAGAUACAAGAAAGUAGUUUACCGGCAAUACACCAAUGACAAGUUCACCAAAGUAGUGGAGAGACCCCCGGACAUGGAACACCUCGGCAUUAUGGGUCCCAUGAUUCACGCCAAUGUUGGAGACAAAGUGAAGGUGGUGUUCAAGAACAUGGCGUCCCGGCCGUACUCGAUUCACGCUCAUGGAGUGAAGACGGAGAACCCCAGCGUCCACGCCACCGCCCCAGGUCAGACUCACUCUUAUUACUGGUAUGUGACUAAAAACACUGGCCCCACCACUGAACAGGAGGAGUGCUCUGUGUCGGCCUAUUACUCCACUGUGGACGUCGCUAAAGACCUGUACAGCGGCCUGAUUGGUCCAUUGGUCAUCUGCCGCCGCAGCUGGGCCAGGAGUUUGGGUCUGAAGAAGGAGGUGGAGGAGUUUGCGAUGCUUUUCCUGGUCUUUGAUGAGAAUGAAAGCUGGUAUUUGGAUGAAAAUAUCAGGACCCAUGUCAGAAAUCCAAGACCAAACCUGAAGAGUGAAGAAGGCUUUAUCGAGAGCAACAAGAUGCACUCGAUUAAUGGCUACAUGUAUGCUAAUGUGCCCGGGCUGAACAUGGAGGUGGGGGAUAAGGUGUACUGGUAUCUGAUGGCCAUGGGCACAAACAUAGACAUCCACACAGCGCACUGGCACGGCCACAGUGUGGAAUACAAGCUCGCAGGAGGACCUCAUCGCACUGACGUCUAUGAACUGUUCCCCGCAACAUUUCAGACAGUGAAGAUGCGUCCUCAGUUUGUGGGGACCUGGCUGUUCCAUUGUCACGUGACCGAUCAUCUGAAGGGGGGGAUGGAGGCUCUCUACACCGUCAGGGAAAAGGAAAAGAAGAAAGGCAUUUUUGGAUAAACCGCAGACAAACCGCUACAGAGAAUUCACCCAAAUGAGUUUUAUAUAUAAAUGCAUUUGUAAUUAAAGUUCAUUUGAUUUCCACCUUGAUACUAAUAAAACAUACAACUUUUCCUUUCUC